AUGUUGAUCGCCGACACGGGUCGGCAUGACAUGAUCCUUGGAAGACUCUGGUGCGCAGAUAGAGGCGUCACCAUCGAUUGUAAGAACCUCCAACUCGCAUGGCCGGAGCCUGCACGGGGUGAGGAACAGAAAGUUAUGCAGGAAGAGGUUGCUUGUCAGAUGACGAGACCUAUUCCGAUCCAGAUUCUGAAACGACCCACGGAAGAGACGAGCGCAAGACACCAGAAGGAUGCAGACCGAAGAGACACAGCAUUCGAAAAAGCAGAGAAAUUAGAAGCGUCUUUGGAGCGAGUCGACAGUACUAAGAACCCAAAUCCAACAAUCCGAAGAGAAUACAACCACUCGCACACAGAGGAUACGGUGAAGAAGAUGGAACGAGCGUUGCUUGGAGGCGAGACACCUGUCCAGUCAGAAAAGAACGUCGCACACAACGGAACACACCGAAGCCUAUGCCACAAGGAUUCUCGAUAG